AUGGCGGAUCAGGAAGGAGUUGCUCAGCCGGCGGCACAGCCAGAGCUGCCAAUCGGCGAGCCGGAAGCCUUGCAGCCUGCAGCCCCGCUGGAGGAAGAGCAGGCCCAGCAUGUGGAGGACUUCUUGGCCCAGGAGCUUGAGGAGGCUGAUGUGCAGUCCUUGGCCCAGCGGUCCCAGCGGUCCCACUACCAAGAUCCCCUCGUGGAGGCCGCGUUUGACCACAACCAGCGGGCGCAGCGCGAGAUCGUGGAGAGCGUCAGCACUCUUCUGAGCCAGCAGCCCGCCAUGAGCGCAGAACUCCUGAUGCUGCGCCAGGAAGACAUCCAGAAGUUCUCCGUGACGAUGACCCAGGCUCCGGCUGGCUUCCGCCGCCGGUAUGACACAGGGGUCGACUUUAGCUGGGCUCUGGCCGGGUUCAACUUCGUGGUUGGCUCCUUUUACAGGGGCGGCAUCAGAACCCAUGAGUCGCAGUCAGAGAUCUGCGCCUACCUGAAGCUGACGGAUGGCGCCUUGGUCGACCAAGCCCGAGACCUACUUCGGAGGAUCCCGGUCCUGAGCUCCAUCCCCCGGAUUUGGGUCAGGGUCGCUGGUGCUGUCCAAGAGCUUCUUGAGCAGUUCACCGAAGCAGAGGCUGGUGCAGGUGGCGUGUUCAAUUGCCCCAUCCUCCUCUACCCCUGGAUGAUGAACGGAGCUGCGCGGGGGUACAACCUUCGUGAGCAACGGGACUGCGUGGGCAAAAAGCUGAAGCCGGCUGGCGCUGAUUGGGCUGGAUGGGCAUUGCCAAUGUCUGCAGAGGGCAACCUGUUGCACGUCGCCCUCUACUGCAGGGACGUCCUGAAGUUCGCUGAGGCCUUCUUGGAUCGGACCCAGAUUGGGGUGCAACGAGUGGCCCCUAGGUCCUUGGAUGCUUUGGCACAGGGGGAGGAAGGGGCGCUCAGUGUUGAGGAUGGCAACAGGAGGAUCUUGGGCCAAAGCUUCUUCCUGCGUGGGUUCGCCACAGUGCGCGAGAUGCAGGAGGCGACGGGGGUCCAAUAUGCUGUGACAUCUGGCCAGACAUUGCGGAACGAAGACCUGGCCAUGCUUCACCGCCUUGAUCGUGGAACCCUCCAAUUCUUCAACUAUGGCGCAGUUCCUGGCCCCGGUGCCCGCAGUGUGUGGGUUACUGCAGAAGGCGGCGGUUGGUUCUACGUUUUGACUUACAAGGAGGCACAGGUGGCACAGAGCCGCUACGUGACACCGACUUGGGUCUUGCAGGUCCUGAGCGCUCAGGACCUUGUACCACCUAGAGGAUCACGCAGGGAAGUCACGGUGGUGUGGACCGGAGCUACUUCUGAAGAGUUUGAUUUGCUCUGGGAUGGCAUGGCAGUGGACCGUGCGAUGGUGGCUCGGCAUGCGAACAUCAACAAUGUCUUAGCCAUGAGGUUGACGCGCAUGGAUGAUGCUCGCGGGAGGCCGUUCAUGGUCCACUUGGCCCGAUGCAAUCGGUGGCCACGCGGCCUCGAUCUUGGCAUGAUGGACAGCGGCAACAGGGGCCCUGACUACUGCUUCAGCACUUUCAGGGAGAGUGGCAGCAUGGAUGAUGCUGUGACCGCUCAUCAGCGUCGUGGCAACCGUGGUGGUGGUGUCCGACCUGGUGGAUCUGGUGAUGGAGAUGGAUGGGGCCAACGUCAAGGACAAGCUCAGUGGGGCCAAGCUGCGCCUCAGGCACAGCAACAGUGGGGCCCAGCUCAGCCACAGACACAGUGGUGGCCACCUAGCACUGUGCAUUUUGGACAGUCAACUGUUCCACCUGCCAGUGCUGCUCCUGCUGCGCAGACCCCCACACAGGGCCAGCCACAGGGCCAGCCACAAGGCCAGCCACAGGCCGCACAGGGCCAGCCACAGGCCGCACAGGGCCAGCCAGCGCAGGCGCAGGCGAAGCCCGCUCCGCCACGCCCUCCCCAGAAUGAUGGCGGUUGGGAUUCCUGGAACUUGAACUGA